GACGCCGACGCCAAUGGCUGGCGAGGAGGAGGGCGGAGCCGAUAGUUUCUGUAGGGACUCGGAGCCGGAAGCGCUAGCUGUGAGGUGACUGAGGAAAAGCGGCAGGAUGUCUUCAGGUGCAUUGUUUCCAAGCCUGGUGCCAGGCUCCCGCGGCUCAUCCAGCAAAUAUUUGGUAGAAUUUCGGGCAGGAAAGAUGUCUCUAAAAGGCAGUACUGUAACUCCAGAUAAACGAAAAGGCCUUGUUUACAUCCAGCAAACUGAUGAUUCCCUCAUUCAUUUUUGUUGGAAGGACAGGACUUCUGGCAAUGUUGAAGAUGACUUGAUUAUCUUUCCUGAUGACUGUGAAUUUAAGAGAGUACCUCAGUGCACUACUGGUCGUGUAUAUGUGCUGAAGUUCAAGGCAGGAUCAAAGCGACUUUUCUUCUGGAUGCAGGAACCGAAGACUGAUAAAGAUGAAGAGCACUGCCGUAAAGUGAAUGAGUAUCUCAACAAUCCUCCAAUACCUGGUGCUUUGGGUGGAAGUGGAAGUGGAGGCCAUGAGCUCUCAGCAUUAGGAGGUGAAGGUGGCUUACAAAGCCUUCUUGGAAAUAUGAGCCAUAACCAGCUCAUGCAGCUGAUUGGACCAACAGGCUUAGGAGGACUUGGUGGGCUUGGUGCACUGACAGGGCCUGGCCUGGCUAGCUUAUUGGGAAGUGGGGGACCCCCAACCAGCAGCUCAUCAUCAAGUUCUCGCAGCCAAUCAGCUGCUGUAACCCCAUCUUCCACUACUUCCUCUACACGUGUCACGCCAGCCCCAUCUGCUCCUGCAGCUGCAUCUGCAUCUGCAACUAGUCCCAGCCCUGCACCAAGUUCGGGCAAUGGAACCAGCACAGCAGCAAGCCCAACUCAGCCCAUUCAGUUGAGUGACCUUCAGAACAUUUUAGCUACUAUGAAUGUGCCAGCUGGAGCAGGAGGACAGCAAGUUGAUUUGGCCAGCGUGCUGACACCUGAGAUCAUGGCUCCCAUUCUGGCAAAUGCUGAAGUUCAAGAGCGGUUGCUGCCUUAUCUUCCAUCUGGGGAAUCACUGCCGCAGACAGCAGAAGAGAUUCAGAACACUCUGACAUCUCCCCAGUUUCAGCAGGCAUUGAGCAUGUUCAGUGCUGCUUUAGCUUCAGGACAACUUGGCCCACUAAUGAGUCAGUUUGGCUUACCAGCUGAGGCAGUAGAUGCAGCAAAUAAAGGUGAUGUAGAAGCAUUUGCUAAAGCAAUGCAGAACAAUGUCAAGUCAGACCAAAAGGAGGGAGAAUCAAAGGAAAAGAAAGAUGAAGAGGAAGAUAUGAGUUUAGAUUAAAUUAUCUGCUCUCCCUUGUGAAUAGUCCUAGACAUUAACUUAAGCGGCUUCAGUAGGAUUACUAGCUAACUUCAUAUUAUCCUUAUCCUAAAUCUACAAGUAAAAGAUUUUUAUCUGCCAAACACUUUGUGGUCAUGGAGUCAUAGAGCCUUAGUGCUUUCUUGCUUCUGACUCUUCAUCCAGAGACAGUGGUUAACGGAGCUCUUUGCUUUUAAGUGAAAUUUUGGAUUAGAAUAUGGCUGGGGGGGGGGAGGGAUCUUCGAAGGCACCAAGUGAUGCCCAUGUUUGCAUUAUACAGGGGAAUUUUUCAGGCUUUUUUUUUUUUUUUUAAAAAAGGUAGAUGACUCAUGUGUCCAAAUACUUCUAGUAUGGCCAAUAUUACAGCACCUGAUAGGAGCCACAGUUCUCACAGAUUCCCAGGACAGAAGGGAGCAUUGUGAUCAUCUCCUCUGACCUGUAUUACAUAGGCCAAAGAACGUCCCCAAAAUUCCUAUAGCAGAGCUUUUAAGGGGAAAAAAAAUCCAAUCUUGAUUAAGAAAUGAGUGGUGGAGAAUCCAUCAUGACCUGUGGUAAAUUACCAUUCAACUUACACAUUAUCAGUCUGAAUUUUGUCUAGCUUCAACUGCCAACCAAGUUAUACCCUUCUCUGCUAGACUGCAGAGCCUAUUAUUAAAUAUUUGUUCCCUCUGUAAGUACUUGAAAUCACCCCUUAACUUUUUGUUUAAUUAAGCUAAAUAGAGUGAGAUCUUUGAGCCUAUUCGGCAAUUAUUUUAAUCCUUAAGUUGGGGAGGGUUGUGGGAAAAGCUAGGAGAACUACUUACUAACAUCCUUCAAGUGUGAGCACCAGAACUGAAUACAAUAUUUCAGCAGCACUCCCAAAUAUAGAUGUAACAUAACCUCUAUAUUCCUGCUUGAGAUUUCUGGUUUAUGGAUCCUGGGAGCACAUUCACUCUUUUGGCCACAGCAUCACAGUGGGAGAUUGUUUGUCCACCAUGCCCCACCACCUCUUUCACAGGAUGACUGCUUCCUAGAAGAGUGUCCCAUUGCAUAUUCUUUAUUUCCAGACGCAUACCUUUGUACCCAGUUACCAAGCAAUCCAGUUGCUCUGAAUUAGCGAUUUUUUUUUUUUCCCUCUUCAUUGUUUUACUCCAUUUUUUGUGUAAUCUACAAACUAUCAAGGACCUAGACAAAAACAAAAUGUUAAAUGGAGGCACAAGAACCAAUCCCCGUGUAACCCCACUAGAAACAGCCCUAGUUCAUGAUGAUUCCAUAUUUAUAGAGACCUAUCAGCCAGUUUCAAAUGUCACCUUAAUUUUAUAUCAUUCUAGUUUUUUUUUUUUAAUUACCGUGUCAUGCUGCACCAACUCAAAUGGAUUACAGAAGUUUGUGUGUGUGUAUAUAUAAUUUAUAAUUGGACAAGAUCUAUUCUGUCAACUCAUUGAUUUGCAUUAAUUAUAUCACCCUCCUUGAAUUCA